CGCACCGCGCCUCCCCAACUACGGAUUACAGUGCGAACUCUCGAGGGCUCAUCGUGUCGCGCGUCGUUACCGUUUCGCUAAUUGACCGCUAACUUCAUGUGUGUUGUGAAUGUGUUUGAUGUCAGCGGAUAGACAGUCGCGCUGUGUUCGGGUCAGUGAAAAAAUUGUGAUGAACUCUGAAACCGAACUGUUAAAAUAGACGUUGGUAUGACGAUGCUCGCGAUGGCUCGGGGAUCAGAGGAUCGUAGGGUUGAAGGGCAAGCGGAGAGCGAGCCUGAAGCUGAGGCGAACGGAGAAGUGGACGUCGUGGGGGUGGAAGAGGCCGCGCCUGUCGACUUGACACGACGCUUGGGCCUCACCAGACCUCCGGAGAGACCAACGAUAGCGUUUUCCGUCGAGAACAUUCUAGACCCCAACAAGUUCACGGGAAGGACGGAGGGUACAUUAAGAUAUGACGACCAAUACUGGAGACAGCAGUACGACAGGGAGGACAGUGAUUCAGUCAAAGACCAUCUGCAACACUCUGAUAUCGACGGAGACGAUGUGGAAACCGACGACCAGACAUCGAACAUGGACGACGACAUCCUUACGCAGUCAGACCUCGACGAGAACGGAGAUCCAAAAAGCCCUAACAGUUCCUCCUCGAAGAAAAGCAAGAGUCAAAGCAGGGACGCUAAAGGCGGCACCAAACCGAGGAGAGCCAGAACCGCCUUCACAUACGAGCAACUCGUGUCCUUGGAGAAUAAAUUUAAGACAACCAGAUACUUAUCGGUUUGUGAGAGGCUCAACUUAGCGCUAAGUUUGAGUUUGACCGAGACACAGGUCAAAAUAUGGUUCCAAAACCGUCGAACAAAGUGGAAGAAGCAAAAUCCUGGGAUGGACGUGAAUAGUCCGACUGUCCCGCCCCCUCCAGCUGGAGGGUUCCCUUCGGGUCAUUAUCCUGGGGGGCUAUUAUACUCUCAUGGAGUUCCAUACCCGUUCACAGGCCCUGGGCCCUACGCUCCAUACUUCCACCACCUCGCGGCCAAUCAUCACCACACACAUGGAAGCCUAGGGCAUUCUCACACGUGA